AUGGCACUCAAGUCCCUCUUCACUUUGGCAACAGCCUUUGCUCUUCUGGCCGUCUUGGCCGAGGCCCAUUCCUGGGCUGACUGCGUCGACUGGCGCUUCAACGACCCAGCCAAGCCUGGGUGGACGGAUAAGCACGGCAAAUGCCACGGAUGGGCGCGCCAAUACCCCGUCAACUCUGGCGUCCGCUUCGGCGGCCUAGACUCCUCAUCCCCCAACCGACACUAUCAACAGGAUACCAAAGAUUUCAUCCCCUGCUCCGACAAGUACCACGGCAACGAACCCGGUGCCGACGAAACCCGCCAGAACCCCAUCUCUCGCGCUUACGGAGGCCGCUUCGGCUCCAUGGCCUCCGUAAAGGCCGGAGACAGUAUCUGUGUCCGUUGGCCGGCCAAGAACCACGCCGUCAAGAAUGAGCGGGAUCGUGGGGUGUUCAUCAACAUGCCUCCUGCCCCAACCGCCCGCGACCCAAACCAGUCCCAGUUAAUGAAGAUGACAAUUGCGACCUUGAAGUAUAAGAACUGUAACCAAAUCUCUGGGGAUUCCGAUCAUACUCCCUGUGGUGGAUGUUUCAAGAUCCCCGAUAACCGGGUUGCAGGAACUUAUUUGGUCCAGUGGCGGUGGGAGUUGAACAACGACGAGUGGUAUACCUCUUGCUGGGAUUUGCAGGUCACUGCAAAGAAUCCCCCCGUUCAGCCUGGUCAGCCUGGCGAGUCUGUUGCCCGACCCCUUGGUGGCUCGACCUCCAUUUUUGCCGAGUUGGCCGAGGACUAA